AUGCCUCCCAAGAAGAAACAAAGAACGUCAGGGGCUGCCGCGGCGAAAGAGAAGGCCUCGGGAUCCCAAGCCGUCCAGACUGCUUUGACGUUUGAAGACCUCAGUCCGCUGCAGAAGGCAGUGGGUGAAUGCUUGGAUGCAAUUCACUCCCUCCGGCACCGUCCGAAGGAUUAUCGCCACGAGCAGGCCUGCGGCCCACUGCCGGUGGAUGACCGAGGUCUGUUUCCGUGGCCUGUUCUGGGCGGCGGGACCUUCAAAGACAUAGCCCAGCGUGUCUGGAGUGACCAGGACAGGUUCUUGGAGGCAGUCGCCGAGAUGUUGUCCGAUGCAGGGCUCCUUCAGGCCAACUCUGUGGAUGAUCUCCUCUCCGAGUUCUGCACACCCUCAGUUUGGCCGCCCGCACCAGGCAAUCCUUUCGUGACCAGUGUUCUUUCUUGGAGCUACGAGGACUCUUCCUUUUGGAGGUUGGUUGCCAUGUCCGAAGUCUUCAGCAUAGCCAAGAAUAUGGCCAGCUUCAGAUUCCGCGAGGGCGAGCAAGUCGUCAUGCGCUUUCCCAGCGGCCUCCCUCCUGAUCUGGACGAUCAUGGUGUUGCCGUGAACGUGUUCAACUUUGCCGAUGGCGGACAGAAGACAUUGGCUGCCUUUUCCGUUUUUAUCUCGCUGGUCCUCACCUACAAGACCUGCCCCGAGUGCUUGAAGAAGCCGCAGGUACAAACAUGGAUGAGUUCUUUCUUGAUGAUUCAAUCGUUGUGCAAAAGCAACGAGGACCCAGACUCUUCCAUGGAUGGUGCUUUGGGCCGCAUCAUAAAGCAGAACAUCGACGCCAAGGCUCUUCCAGUGUCCAGCCUGGCUUGGGCAUCCAUCUUCCAGACCUUCGGUGAGUCCUGGACAAUUGAGGAGUGCCUCGACCGCUAUAACUCGCACCCUCAGGUGCUUGCGUACGAAAGCGCCGACACAGGAUCCGGAAGCAUCCAGCUCAACGGAUCCAAGCGCCAAGCGGUGAGGAACCUUCUCAGCCGCUGCUCGCCAGCAGCGUUCCAGGUGAUCGUGCAGUCAACUCACGACGUGCCCUUCGUUUCAGGGGCCUUCUCGGAGAGCUUCGUCAGCAACAACAGUUUCUUCAUGGGGUCCAAGAACCCGGACCUGCUGCUGGCCAACGCUUCGACAACCGAGGAGCCUCUCCCAGAGGAGAUCUUCAUGAAGCCAGAUUAUUCUUUGCCGAUGACUGAGGACGGCCAGUACGUGUUCUUUGCCAAGGUGAAAGCCAAGUUCGAUAAGAUUACGGCGGGCUUGACGGCCAAGGACAAGAAGAAGUUGCGUGCAUCAAGUGACGAGCUGUUGUUUGUGCGCAACUUGAGCGUGCUCUUUUCUCAGUUUUAUCCGCACUUGAAGAUCCGGCUCGGAGAUGAGGAUGCAGAUGCUUGGCGCGCGGCUUUCAUUUCCAGCUCGCACAAGGAUGAUGACAUGAACAAUGUCCUGCAGACGCAGCCUGUCAAGCUUGCUCUGAGCAUGCUGCGUUCGGAAAAGGAAACGGCAGAAAAGCAGCGACUGGAAAGCCAGGCUGCGCGGCAUUUGGAAGUGGAGGAGCAAAGGCGCGACGUUCAAAUCGCGGAGUUCAAGUUCUUCGGAAGCGCUUUGAUCAGCGACCAAAUGCUUCUGAAACAGGCUUCGGAGGUACCAAGAAUGGUGAAGGCUCGACUGCACGCCAAAACUGUCGUGCACCGGCGGAACCAAGCGGCUGCAGCAGAGGAAGCUUUGCGAGGCUAUCAGGAAAGCUUCUUGCGAGUGCAAUGGGUUUCCAAGAUGGACUUGGCCAAAGCCGAGCUUUCCCGGAUGAAGGCUUCUGCGGCUGGCUGCAGCCCGUGCGAUGUGGCCUUGAUUGGCCAUGUGGAUUUCAAUUGCCCGCAUGCCAAAGGUAAGGGCAACAUGGAAGCCCUGUGUGCAGCCUUGGCCAUGAUCAAUGAAGAUCUUCCUCAGCUAGCCUGCUCGAUGGUUGUGUUUCCGGACCACGCUCGGGAAACGUCGGCGCGGGGAGUGUGGGAUGAAGAACGAAAGAUUUUGGAUGAGAUGUUCGGAUUGGCGCAGAAUUGUGACACCAGGUUCAUUGACUUGUACACCCGGGACAAUGCGCGAGCGGAGUCCAAGACCAACAACAGGAAGUUUGGACAUGGCAUGCUCACUUUCAGCCGCGCCGCCACAGAUGAGAACCCUUGGCGGCAAAGCGAGCUCGCCCUUUUCGGCAGAGCUGUUGGAACAAUGGAAAGUGAACGCGGAGCACCCACCGCCGUGCUUCCCCGGUCGUCUGCAUUGCUCCUGCCAGAAUCUGCAGAUCCAAAUGCUGACAUCAAGGUCAAUGAGCGGGUCCGCCCAUCACCGGAACAGCUGGCAGCCCAAAAGGGCUGCCACCGCUGCCAGAUGCUUUUGGAUAGCCUCUUCCGCUACAACCCACACCCUGGACCAGCCUUGCUGGUGAAUUUGACAGGAUAUGUCGAGGACAUGGGGCACGCUGCGGCUGGCUCGCAAUGA